UUUUUAAACAAUAAUUAAUACGAAAUAUUUUAUUUUUAAAACAAUAUUUCAUUAAAAUAAUAAAUGUUUCAUCGUAGAUAUGUAUUUGAAGUAACGUGAAUGUGAAUCCCAACACUGAGUUGAGGAUAACUUGAUAAUGGCGGAAACGAUGGAGUGUCAGUUUGACAGUCAAAGAUCAAUAAAAUAAUUUGAUGGUAUUAUUACUAUGUCUUGAAAAAUGUUAUGUUUUGAUAAAUGUUUAAAGUAUAUUAAAUAUAUGUAUAUAGAGAUUCACUGUAGUGAGAAACUUGUUAUUAUUGCAUAUUGAGUCAAAAACUUUGAAUGUGAAAUUACAAACAAAUUUUGUAUUUUUGAAUGGGAGAAUUUGUGAAAAAAUAAUUACAAAAGUUUUUACCAAGAGAUAUAAGAAUCAUGACAACUACACAAGGAACACCAGAAUCAGAUACUGGAAGUUUUGAAUGUUUUCAAAAUUAUACAGCACCAGAGGUGUUCAUACAAGGUCUGGCAGGAAUUGUUGAUCAACAAGAUGUAGAAUCUAUGAUACGAGCUCAAAAACAGAUGUUACAGAGAUUUGAGAAAACCAAUGAAAUGUUAACCAAUUGCAAUCAGUUAUCAAUAAAUAGGCUUAAAUUGGCAGGAGCUGAAUUUAAAAAGCAUACUGCUUUAUUGAUUGAAAUGAAGAAAGACUUGGAUUUCAUUUUCAAGAGAAUACGUAUAGUGAAAACUAAAUUAAGUCAACAAUAUCCGCAGGCAUUUAACGAGGCUGUAAGAAGCAGUUUAGCGGAAGAAGUCAUUGUUGAAGAUAUUGAUUGUCCAGUAAAGCCAUUGGAACCAGAAAUAGUUCCCCUGCCAAGUGCUAUGGUCAAUGAUACAGAGAGAGAUCCAGAUUCAGAUGUUCCAGUCGAGGAGUUUCAGUUCGCGAAGCUGCGUAAAAGGCGAAUUAAGAGCAACGACAGUUCAUCGACGGAAAGCAACAACGAUCAGAGUAUCGCCGACACGUCAUCCUGCACUUCUGACACCGGUUGAAUUUUCCCGCUAGUUCGCCGACGAGUUUUUUAAAAGGAAGCGGGAAAACUACGUGAAGGGAGAGAAAGAGAGAGAGGGAGAGAGAGAGAGAGAGGAACAGACAGAGACAGAAAGAUAGAGAAAGAGAAAG